AUGGAAGGUUUAUAUAAAAAAGUAAUUCGAGGUCAUUAUCCUAGAAUUCCUUCACAUUUUUCAUCAGAAUUAUCGAAUGUUAUUCGUUCUCUUUUAUAAGUUACUCCAAAUUUGAGACCUAAUGCUGAAAAAUUACUUUAGCAUCCAAUAAUAGUCAGGAAAAUAAAUGAAAGUCAUAUAUAUGAAGUUGAUGAGUGGAUUCCUUAGUUAUUAAAUACUAUAAAAAUUCCAAAAAAUCUGCAUUAUUUAACAGAUAAACUUCCAAAGGCGAAUUAUUUGCCAUUAAAAUUGAGAAAAGUGGAAAAAAGCUAGUUUAUUUAGACUUUAGAUAAUUAUAAGGCGAAUUUAAAUGAUGCUUUUUUGCCUAAAAUUAAUAAUAUUUAAUUAGAUGAAAAUGUAUAAAAUAGUAUUGUAAAUUAGUCAGUUUUAUAAAAUUAAAAAGUUGUUAAAAAAACAAAAAAAAAAUAUAAUCUUUUAAAUUCUAAUUCUUAAUAAAAUGCUAAUGUUUAAUAAAAGUCGCCAAUUAAAAUGUCCAUAUUUGAUUUAGAAGAGGGAAGUAAAUAAUAAUUGGUGAAAAAUAAACAUGUUUAAAAUUAAAAACAAGGCAUUAAUUGCUUGAAAUUACCAAAAAUAGAUAAUUAAUUACAUUUAAGUGGUGAAAAAAAUGACAUUUUAAAAUAAAAUAAUAUGGGAGAAGAUAAGAUUAGGGAAUUAGAGAAAGUAUAUAGAGGAGAAACAAAGGAAAAACAUAAGUCUUUGAAAAAAUUGGAUUUAUUAUAAAGAAAAAAUAUUCAGAAAAAAUAAAAUGUAAUUGAUGAGAUUUUAAUAUGA